AUGGCCAUAUUCACGCUCCUAUGCGAGGGCAGUGUUGGAGGUCCGUUAAACAACGAUACUGUGCCGUUGCCGUUGGGUGACUAUGCAGUAAAGAAUACAGCUAAGACGACGGCUACACCAGCUUCCAGUCGUUCAGAAAGCCAGUCUUUGGCCACUUUGACUGGAGUCAUUCCUGCUGGAACUGGAACAGUAGCAUCCGGGUCGCUCUCUUCAAACACAGCCGUAACCGUGAGCGACAGCACAGUGACAGAAUUGGACGACAAAGCUUCAUCAAUGUCGUCUGCAGUUAAUACCGCCUCUUCUUCAAAGACAACUUCGGACGACCAGCCAGUUCUCAGCACAGCAGCCAUCGCCGGCAUAGCCGUGGGCGGCGCGGCCCUCCUUGCCCUCAUCAUCGGUGGUGCAUUCUUCAUUCUGCACCGCUACAAGCGCAACAAGUCCACGAAGCUAGCCUCGCCACCAGUCUACGAGCCUGCUGACGAGAAGCACGCGUACGGAAAGCCAGAGCUAGACGGGCAGGCACUGGAAUACCAGUACUCAGUAAUGGGCGUGGGUGCACCAACGGAAUAUGCUGAGCUGGACGCAGGGGCUCCUGUGAGUCCAGGACGGCAAUCAAUACAACGGAGCGGACAUGAUGAGAGGGCCAGGACUAGGCAAGACAUCUGA